AUGAUGUUCUCGAUGACCACCCUCGCCGUGGCAUGGCUUCUGCCUAUUGCCAUCGCCGCCCCAUCAGGCAAUGUUCAGAAUGUCGAUAUCAUUAUCCAGCAGAUCGAUGCUACUUCUGAGCUAGACAUUGCGGUCGUGAGCAAGAAAACGUCUCAAGUUUUGGGUUACGCUUGCUCGAAUACCCUCAACUCAGGUGCAUUCUCUGACCUGCCUAUCACCGCCACUCUCGACAGGAAUGGUGCUGGCAGCCUUGCCGUUGGCGAUAAGACGUAUAUGGUUCACGAAGAUCCUAAAAUCUCUGGUGGUAUCACUUGCGCUCGAAUCUACAACGAGGCCGAGAGCUUCACGGUCUGCUCUAUGCAGGUGCCUGCUUCUCUUCCGUUUACUCCAAUUAGUGACGGAGACAUGGAAAAGUGCUUUGAUAGUGGAGAAAUUCCCAGCUUGAAGAGAGCUUAUAAAUCCAUCCUUGCUCAACAAGAGGGACAUGCAAUGACGAAUGUCACCCGGAAGAACGAGUCGCCUUCACCACACAAGCGGGACCCCUACGGGAUGUGUGAUAAUUAUGACACCACUUGGAUGGUUGGGGAUGGAAACCCGCAUCAGAACUACCUCGACACCCAGCUCAGUGUGAGUAUCUGA